AUGGGUCCAGAAGGAGGUGAACUGAGAACCGCGCCUUGUACCGUCUCUGUACCACCUGAGGCCGUUACCAUGGAAACAGAAAUCACCUGUCAGGUCAUCAACCCCAAUGACGUCACCCUUCCCCUGAAGGACGGAGAGAUGUUAGUGAGUGACAUCAUAGAGCUGGGUCCGCACGGGACAACCUUCCACCAACCUGUCACUGUGCAGAUGCAGUACAACAACAAGUCGUCAAGUGGCGCUACGGAAGUUGUCGUGUGGGUCACUGAUGACAGGACACAAUGGAUGAAACUUGAAACCACCAAAGAAAAUGGCAACAGAGUCGCAGUAUCAGUGGACCACUCUUUCAUCUUUGCCGUCGUCAGCCAGCUCGAACAGGACAGCUUUACUGCGUCUACUAAAGAGAGCACCAUAACGUCAUCAACGCAGCCUGCGUUACCCACUACAAGCCCUUACAGUCGAAAAAUGGGUCCAGAAGGAGGUGAACUGAGAACCACGCCUUGUACCGUCUCUGUGCCGCCUGGGGCCGUUACCAUGGAAACAGAAAUCACCUGUCAGGUCAUCAACCCCAAUGACGUCACCCUUCCCCUGAAGGACGGAGAGAUGUUAGUGAGUGACAUCAUAGAGCUGGGUCCGCACGGGACAACCUUCCAUCAACCUGUCACUGUGCAGAUGCAGUACAACAACAAGUCGUCAAGUGGCGCUACGGAAGUUGUGUGGGUCACUGAGGACAGGUCGCAAUGGACGGAACUUGAAACCAGUAAAAAUGGCGAAGACAGAGUCGCAGUAUCAGUGGACCAUUUCUCCAUCUUUGCCGUCAUCAGUCGACCCAAACAGGACCAGUUUAGAGUGCCAAUAGGAGGGUUUACGCUUACGUCAUCAACGCAGCCUGCGGUACAAAUCAGCUUCCCGGAACAGGCUGUGAACACAGAAACCCGCGUCACAGUACAGGUGCAAGAAAUUAGAAAAGAAGCAGUGGAGGAACUUAAGGCACAAGACGAGUCUUUCCGCAGUGUUGUGAGCACCAGCCCGAUAGUUAGGGUGGAAAUUGUGUCCGAUGAUGCUGACUCUGAAGUCCAGUUCCACAAACCGGUCACAGUGCGAGUCCCACAUCCUCAACACUACAUGAACAUCCAACACGAGGGGCCCACCAAACUGAGGGUGAUGUCAUGUGAGGAGGGGACAGAAGACUGGAUGGAAGUGACAGGCGAUAGUAUCAAAGAGGUUACAGAGGAGGUUGUGGAGUUUGAAGUCACCCAUUUUUCCAGUUUGAUUGUAAUCCUUGUCAAAGACGACCUCGGCAACACAGAACCGCUAGGGCCAAUCCUGUUACAACAAGUCUGCCAGUGGCUUCAACAGCUUCCCGUACAGUUCAUCCUACUGCAGCGAGAGGGCAACGAAAACGAAUUCGUUGUGGAGUGCACUAUUAGUGGAAGUGUAGAAGAGAGACGCCAUGAGCUGAUGGGAGAAGGUUAUAAGAGUCCAUUGCCUUCUGGCACAGUGCGUCUAUUCGAAGGACAAGAAGUAGAAAUACGCAUCUCAGGUAACGUGGCACCAUUCGGCAUGGAAAACAACAGAAAGCAACAGAUCACCUUCCACAGUCAAAACUACAACCGCCUUCACAUGCAGGUCAUGGCUUUAAAGGAUGUCCAGCAGAAUAGUUUAGAUGGUAAAGGGUAUGUUGAAUUCCAUGCCCUACCACGCGUGGAAGUUGAAAAACACAAACUUGAAAGCGAAAUAACAAGACUGAAAAGGUCAGCUCGUGUCGAGAAGUACUUCUAUUUCAUCAAGGAAAAAGUUAGCACAGACUGGAAAAACCUGGCCUUCCAUCUCGGCUUGCCUGAUCCUGACAUCGGGAACAUCGCCGGCAAAAACCCCGACGACAAGUCCCGCUGCAUGGACAUGCUGCAGGAAUGGAAGAAGAAGAAGGGAGACGCCGCCACCAUAGAGGUCCUGAUGGAGGCUCUGUCAGAGGCAGGGCUGCAGAGCGUCGUGGAUGGUUUGAAGAAGAGAUUCCUAGACAUCGGUUGGUUCUAA